CAGGACCAACGUGCUGAAGCCUACUGCUUUCUAUGCUGACUUAAAAUUUGAAUAUUAAAAAGUUCCUGCGUCUUUAACUGUAGAGCAUUUGAAUCCCGCUCUCCGGGUCUUCCUGAGCACCGGCCUUUGAAACUUGCCCCUUUGAAUGGUGCUGUUGGCACCUUUGCUUUACUCUUCUUCCUUUGAGCUUAAAAAAAAAUAAGUUUACCGGUGUUCCCUGGCGAGUUCCACUUUAGGUUUCCUUGAGGCUAAGGGAGCUAACCCGGAGAUGUGCUGUCAGGUGUGGGUGACUGAUAUUUAAGCCUCCGAGAGGGUAAAGGAACUAGUAGCUCUCUGUUACCGCUUUAUUCCUCCUUCUGGCUUUUUCCUGGCCUGUGAGCCAAGUCUCAGGAAGACAGUGCUGGAUUAAAUUUCCACCAAACUUUUGAUAUUAAGGUUCUUUUUUUAAACUUAAUAAUAAUAAAAUCACGUUUUUGAGGAUUCUUUUCUAUGGGCAGCCUCACCUUAAUUUUUUAACAUUUUAAAGAAAAAUAAAAGAAAGCCCUUAAGGCCAAACGACUAAAUGUGUACAAACCAUAGUGUGUCUGUCAGCUGUCUGCCACCUCCUUGAAAGAUUGACAUAAGGCCAGCUCCCAGAUUUCAGGACACUCCCAUUGUGGGUAGCUUGGUGUGGGAUACAGGAACUAACUUGGGGAGUUAGAAUCUUAUCAAGGGUCAAGAUAGAUACCAGGUCCAGGAGUUUGCCAUCAAACCCCCUGCCUUUCAGUUAGGUGGCCAUGAAGUCACAGCAGGAGAUGCUGAUGGGGGAGACAGAAGUGUCAAGGAGAAGACACAUCCAGGGGACUGGAUCAGCUGCGGAUCCAGAGUGUCAUUUAUGAAGAAAAGCCAUGAUGACUGUUUUUAAAUAUGAUUUCUGAUGUCCUUCGUCAGUACUUGUCUAGACAUAUGGAUAUUCAUGCACACACACAGGAUUAACAAAACUCUUUUGACAUAUUUUUCUCGUUAAUACAUAUUUUUCUCAUUAAUACAUAUUUUUCUCAUUAAUACAUUAAUAGUACAAUUAAAUGAAAAAUGGCCAGCUUUUAUUUUGAUACUUACCAUCAAUACUUUUGGGUAUCUUAAAUUGCUGCCUUAUUUACCCUGGAUCCUCGCGCUCAUUUUGAGCACCUAAGUCACAUUUUUGAGUGGGCCUUUCUUUCCUUUGUGUUCCUGUGGUACCCAGUGCACAGAGAGAACUUGUGUCACUGUUGAGUGAAGUCCGAAGGUUUGGAUGGCAGUCUUGUUUCCUGUACCCCCUGCACUGAGACCUGACGCACAUCAUUGUCUUGAGACUGUGGCAAACUGUUCCUUGUACCUCUUGCAGCUUCCUGGCCCCAUAAAGCCACACCCUAAACCUGUGCUCUGUGAGGCUUUACAGACCUGACCCUGCCAUCUCAGGCCAUCUCAGAUUGAGCUUUCUGGUUUGUACAUUAUCUGAAGAUUAAGAUGUGAUGAAUCUUAGCCUUUUGUCUUAGUCUCGGUGUCGUUUGGAAAGUGAAAACACCAGCCAAACAGCAACUGUAUUAAAGUGUAACUCAUCCAUCAAGGGUAGAGAACAGAACAUCUCCAAACCGAAUUCCAGGAAGCUCUGAAAUGCUUGCUCAUCCUUCGUCAGCUUGAGGGAAUGAGUCAGCAGUUUAAGGCCGGCACCUCUGCUAGAACUGAGACACCCGUGCCUGCCCGGGAGUUAGAGAUGUGAGCAGCUGGAGUGUGGUCGUUUGCUGUUAGGUUCGGGAAGUGUUGGCUGGUGCCUGGUGGAUGUUAGUAGCAAUGCACGGUCAUCACGUAGAUCACGUAGUUAAGGUGUUAGGUAAAAGGAUUUCUGACUGCUUAGUUCGGGACACCCCUGGGUACUGCCCAGCUGUAAGGAGGACAGAGGUCAAGGUGGCUUUGUUGUUGCCAGUCACUGUAGUGAGGGUGUUUACAGUCCUGGCUGUUCUCUGACUCAGCCACUUGUCGUAGCUCCCAGAGGCCUGAGCUGGGAUCCUUUGGGCCAGUUGUGGUUCUGGAAAAGUCAUCUAAGUGCUUCAUUCUGUGAGGGCUGAUCAGUGCGCUUCCAGUCACGGGUGGAACGUUCGGAAGGUGUCCACGGUCUGGGUUUGGGUUGUCUUAAAAAUGUCAAGUCAUUCAGCAGCGAGUACCUGUAGCUGGACAAAGUGCCGUCUUCUGUACUUGGAUUGUGGCAGAGUGCAGUCUAGACAGAAUUGUGACAUUUAGACUGAGGCCGAAUAGGUGAAGAGUCGGUUGCCCGCAGUCGUCCAAGUGGCUGGCAUGUGGAGAGUGGAGGCUCUGGGCUCUGCAGCUCCUGAUGCUUGCUGCUCUCAGCUGGGAUUCCUAGCACUUGGGGCUGUGUGAAUGCUCAUGUCCUUCCUGAGGGACGUGAACCUAUGAUGUGUAAUCUGUGACUGAAAGAUGCCCGAGCAGGGGUGAUAAACCAGGUCGGUGACAGUUAGAAGCAUGCUUUCCACUGCUCUCCCUGAUCCCGUCUGCCACCCAGGAUGUCUGUGAGUGAGAGCGCAGUGUUUGCCUAUGAGUCCUCCGUGCACAGCACCAACGUCUUGCUCAGCCUCAAUGACCAGCGGAAGAAGGACGUGCUGUGCGAUGUCACUGUCGUGGUGGAGGGCCAGCGGUUCCGAGCCCACCGCUCGGUGCUGGCUGCGUGCAGCAGCUAUUUCCACUCGAGAAUCGUAGGCCAGACUGAUGCUGAGCUCACCAUCACGCUGCCUGAAGAGGUGACAGUUAAAGGAUUUGAACCUUUGAUUCAGUUUGCCUACACUGCCAAGCUCAUCCUAAGCAAAGACAACGUGGAUGAGGUGUGCAGGUGUGCGGAGUUCCUGAGCGUGCACAAUAUCGAGGAGUCCUGCUUUCAGUUUCUCAAGUUUAAGUUCCUGGACUCCACCGCGGGGCAGCAAGAAUGUGCAAGGAAAAAAUGCUUCUCCCCCCACUGUCAGAAAGCAGACUUUAAAAUCUCACUUUCAGACCAGAAAGAUCUAGAGAUCGUUGAAGCAGAGGAGUACUUGGAAAAGAAAAGUAUUCAGGCCCCUCCGUGUGACCCGCAAAGGUGUCAGGGCAAUGUGAAAGCAUCGCCCUCUCUCCAGGACAGUGCCAGUCAGACGUGCCAGGCCAUGUGCUUGGAGAAGGAUGGAGCCCUGGCAUUGCCAUCUUUGUGUCCCAAGUACAGAAAAUUCCAGAAAGCGUUUGGAACUGACAAGAUCCGUACUCUAGAAUGUGGCAUCAAAGAUGUCCAUGCCGCUUCUGUCCAACCGAACGAGACGUCUGAACUCGAGUGUUUGGGGGCAGCACAAGGCUGUGCAGAUUUACAAGUGAUUUUAAAAUGUGAAGGAGCGAAGCCAGCCCUGGAGAGUGAGGAGACAAAGUGCAGAGACCCCACCCCUCAGUGCCCCGCGGCGCAGACAGAAGCGGCUCCUUUCCCUCACAGUUCUGCAGACCCUCACGGGCUCUAUUCCCUGCCACUCUUACACGCUUACGACCAGUCGGGUGACUUGGGCUUUGCUGGGGUGCAAAGCAAAACAGUGAAAGCAGAGAAACCUUUGUCAGCUCCAGAUGCCCAGGAAGAGAAACCGUUCGGUGAGAAUCAGGAUUUAUACCUGAAAUCUGAGACGGGCCCCAAAGAGGACAGCAGCAGCCUUGCUUCUGGUGAUCGGAGCAGCGUGGAGAGGGAGGUGGCGGAGCACCUGGCCAAAGGCUUCUGGAGUGACAUUUGCAGCACGGACUCCACUUGCCAAACGCAGUUGUCACCUGCUGCGGCCAAAGAGGGCUCAGAACAGGGCUUCUCGCAAAGGCGCUCCGAGUGUCCCUGGUUGGGUAUCAGGAUCAGCGAGAGCCCAGAGCCAGGUCAGCGGACUUUCACAACUCUCAGUUCCGUCAACUGCCCCUUUAUAAGUACUCUGAGUUCCGAAGGCUGCUCGAGCAACUUGGAAAUCGGAAACUACGAUUACGUGGCGGAGCCUCCGCAGGAGCCUUGUCCGUACGCUUGCGUGAUCAGCCUGGGCGAUGACUCUGAGACCGACACAGAAGGUGACAGUGAGUCCUGUUCUGCCAGGGAGCAGGAAUGUGAGGUAAAACUGCCAUUUAAUGCGCAACGAAUAAUCUCGCUCUCGCGGAAUGACUUCCAGUCCCUGUUGAAGAUGCACAAACUGACCCCAGAGCAGCUGGACUGUAUCCAUGACAUCCGCAGGAGGAGUAAGAACAGAAUUGCCGCACAGCGCUGUCGCAAGAGGAAACUGGACUGUAUUCAGAACCUUGAAUCAGAAAUCGAGAAGCUGCAAAGUGAAAAGGAGAGCCUGCUGAAGGAACGAGAUCUCAUCUUGUCAACGCUGGGUGAAACAAAGCAGAACCUGACGGGACUUUGCCAGCAAGUGUGCAAGGAAGCCGCUCUGAGUCAGGAGCAGAUUCAGAUCCUCGCCAAGUACUCGGCCUCAGACUGCCCACUUUCUUUUCUAAUUUCAGAGAAAGGAAAAAGUACUGAUGGUGAACUUGCUUUUCCUUCAGUUUUCAGCGUGUCUGAUGGGCCACUCCCCUGUGGACCAGGGAGCAGCAAGGCAGGCCAGGAACCGGGGCAGGAGUCCCAGACAACCGCGCCAACCACCGCAGCCGCCCUGGAGCAGGCCACACUGUUGGAAUCCUGCCGGCAGAGUGGCGGGAUCUCAGACUUCUGCCAGCAGAUGACUGACAAGUGCACUACUGAUGAGUGAACCGUGAGCGUCCUCCAGCCGUGGAUUUCCUACUGAAGUUUUGGCGUUGUCUUGAGAGUCACGCAUGGCCGUGUCUUCUUGCUUUCAGUAGCCUUGCUUCCCCCGGUAGCUUUCUGGAGAGGGAAUUGAAUUUCUCUUCUAAGGUGACCCUGAGUUCUCCUUGGUUUUCACAGGAGACAUGACAUGAUUUACCUCUUAGAUGCCGAAAAAUCACAUGUGAAAAUGUAGAGUAAUAAUCUCCCAGUGUUCAAAAUAACUAAGACAGUGAAAACCGCAGGGUCUGCUUCACCAGCUGGCAACAUCUGCACCCGGUCCUCCUGGCCUGUGGAAGCUCAGUAAUCUCAGAAUACUGAUCAGAAAAAAAGUUCUCCCCAAGCAGUGCGGUGGCGAUCUACCCAGAAGGGGCGUGUCAGCGCUGAGUGUCUGUGUAGAGCUGUCACGCGGAAAAGAAAUUAUCUUCCAACUCUAAUGCUCCUAUCAAAGUCCAGCCUGGACUGGACCCGGUGACCUGAGGCUGCCCCGGCAGGACUUAGUGAAGGGCCACAGCGGCCUGUGCUGGAGGCUUCCCCUCCUCAAUACUGACUAGAAUUUCUGGCUGCACCAACAGUAGAUAGUUGUCAUUUCCCCUGCUCUCUCCUUUGAUCCCGUCUGCAGUUCCUGCCAUGUCUAGGCCAGUCACGGAUUUCCUGUUCCCUUCUUGUCCCUUGGAGGAAGAAAUGGGAGUUAGGCUGAGUGGCCUGAGUGUUCACAAGCUGGACAGAACCACAGUUGCCACGGAUCUGGAGACCACACUGCACGAGGCCAUUCAUAGUCUCGUUGCCGGUCACCGAUGCCCAAGAGGGCACUAGGAUAUGUGUGUGUGUGUGUGGGGGGGGAUAUCUAUGUUGACCAGAGGUGCAGCUCGUUAGCAUCCUAAGGAAGAGCUGCGGUCUGUAAAAAGCUCUGUUGGAGCAAGCGUGGAGCCACAGCUCUGCUGGCGUUUGAAACCAUAAAAUUUGUGCUCAGUCCAUUACGGGCUCGCACUUGCGAAGCAGAUUGAACCUGUUAUCCCUGCCUCCCAAUUUGGUAUGGUGUAAAGGCACUUGCAUCACUUUGACUUGGACAUGGACAAGUCAGUCUUGUGCUUAUUUUAAUGUUGGUAGAAAAUGAAUUUAUAAUAAUCUGAGCAUCUAUCUACUCCAUAACAUUUUGCAGUGAUUCUUAGUUGUUCUGGAAUCUCACACUAUAGACCUCAGCAGUAGAAACAAAGCAUCAUAUAUACAAGUUCAAUAUCCCGAUUCAAGGAAUGUGAAAUGCCUUAAAAUUGGAAACGUUCUGAGUACCUAGCUGAUAGCAGACGUGGGAUAUUCCAGUCCUGAGUUCAUGAGGUGGGCCACAGGCAAAAGAGGAUAUUCAGAAUCUUCUGAGAGCUUCUUUAGGAUACACGUGUAAGGUACAUGGGAACUUCAUUAGGACUUUGGGGGAGGGUCUUACCUUCAAGCUAACUGUAGAAGCUUCUACAUUCUGUAGAAGUGGAUAUUUGACAAACGGGGAAAAUCUGAAGUGUGAGGCACCUGUGCUCUCAAACACCUGUGAUAAGGGGGUCUCUCAGGACGCUCCCGGGAGUGUUUGUAGAGUUGUGCUUAAAGAAGCAGUCAAUAGGAUGCCAUCUCUCCAAGUCAGGUAGUUGGAGGAGACACUCAUCUUCACUGCGUGCUGCCUCUAGAGAGGGAAGGAGAGGGCGAGAGCACGCCAGAGAGCCACCUGAGUGCGGUAUCAUGUCGGUAGGUACCUAGCUGGUGCUUGCCGUGAGGAGGUGCGGGCCCAGCCUCAGUAUGAUUAGUUGUCAUGAUGCCCUUCUCUCCUGGGUGCAGGGAGGGAGGGAGGAGAGUGUGUAUUUUAUCUUUGGAAGAGAAAAUGAAAUUGGAAUUAUCUUUUAGAAACUUUGAAAAGUCCCGACCUCCGUUUGUCUGGGAGAGAACGCUCACGGUGACGAAGCAUCCCAUGUGACAAAGAGCUGUGUAUAUAUAUGUAUAUGUCCCCACGCAGCUGUUUGAUACUUGUAAUUUUAGAUUUCAACAACGUAAAAUAAUAUGAAAACGUCUCUGGUUUACAAAGUGUAAAAUCUUCUACAAGCCAAUGGAGUCCUUGGUUUCCUACCUCGCUGUACACUCGACUGUCUGCCAUCAGUGUGCACACGUCCUUUUUUUUUUUUUUUGCUUUAAAUGUAACUGUAAAUAUUUGCUUUGGAAAGUUACUUAGCAUUUCAUGAUAAGACCCAGUUCUCUUCUCAAGGUAAAGAUACUUUUUAAGACACUUCCUUUAAAUUUCUUUCUACCUUUGAACGUUUAGCAUUAAGGGUUAAUUUUAAUGGUGUUUGGUAAUUGGCUAAGUGUAAUAGUUCUUAAAAUUUAGCAUUACUUUUAACAGCCAGCAUAUAAUACAAGUAACUACACUACCUCAUUCCUGUGUGAUUUUCGAGUUGUAUUGGAUGGACAGGAAAGAUUUUACCUUUGUCUUUGGCCAUGACGUGGGUAAGUUGUCUGUAUAUUGCAUAGCAUUACACAUUUAUGCCUAUUUUAACGUGAACUUUUAAAGACUUUUUUUUCUAAGAAAAUUUGUUUUAAGGCAAUAUUCUUUUUGGGGGGGAGCCGAAGACAAAUGAUAGGAUCAUAUGUGUACACAUAUGCUUUUUCCUUCAUGCAGAGUUUUGAUGAUGUUUUUCAUUUGUUAUUUGCAUAUUCCUGUAAUCAUUGCUCCUCGUUGUAUGAUCCAGCCUUCUCAAUGCCUGGUGAUUUCUUUUAAGUUGUCAUGUCUGACUCAGUACAAUUAUGUCCUCUUAAAUUUCUGCCCCUUAUUUGAAUCCUAUAGCUGCAAGCACAUAAUUUGUUAAAUUCUUAUGUUCAGAAUAAAAAUGGAUAUAACUUUGGUUGCCCACCUGCAAGCAUUAUAACAAUUUACUGUAGCUUGAUGCUUAGCCAAUUUUAAGUUAGGAAUUCAACAUAAAUGAUGUGGGGAUAGUGGAGAUGGCAUGAGGACACACAUCUACGUUAACAACUUGGGAAAAAAGAGAAGCAAACGGCGAUGUCACAGUGAAUUCUCAGGUGAACCUUUCGGUUACAAAAACAUCUAUUUUGAAUUUGUAAAUAUUUUAACUGUUUUAUUAAAGCAUGUACUAAACUAUUCUUUGACACCUGUUCGGUAGAAUGAAAAUUUAAAGCCAUAAUGGUAAAAGAUGGCAUACUGAUUGUAAAAUAAACAAAUAAUAAUAUUGA